AUGUCGACGACACGUAUCUUUGUUAAUGUAACAAGCACAGCAACAGUAACAGAUGCAUAUAGUACAGUUACAACACAAUCGGCCAGGGAGAUUGAUUUGACGAGUAUUUUAUCCUAUGCGUUACCAUUGUCAUGUCUGGUAAUCACUGUUGUGAUCAUGAUUAUUAUUGGUAUUCGUCAACGACAGCGUGUUUUGGAGAAAUGGACAUCAUUAAAACGUAUGCGAAAUACCAAUCCGCGAUUUCUUCAAACUGCUGGUUUACGGCGUGAUUCCGAAUUUGAUUCACUUGGUCGUGAGGAUGCCGUUUCAAUUGAACAAAGUCAAGAGAGUUCAUAUUCUACUCAAUCACAGUAUCCAUUAACAACAAUUGCUUGA